AUGCGAUCCUACGCCACCUCGUUGCUUCUCUUUGGUCUUCUUGCCCCUUCUCGCGCAGCGACUGUGGCACAUGACUUACGGGAGGAAAUAGCGGCUAGAGACUGCUGUCAGACGUUGCAGAGCCAGUUAGGCCCGACAGCGGUUCUGUUCCCCGGUUCAGCGGGCUUCCAACAGCUCGUGAACUCGUACUACAGUGCGCAAGAGUCAGAGAUCAUCUCCCAAUGUCGCGUCAGUGCGCAUAGUGCUCAGGAUGUUUCCGACGCCAUCAAGAUUAUCACCAAGGGCGGCUGCAAGUUCUCUGUUCGCUCUGCUGGGCACAUGACUUGGGCUGGCGCCGCCAACAUUCAAGCCCCCGGUGUCGCCAUCGAUUUGAAGCAGAUGAACGGAGUCAAUGUCUCUGCGGACAAGAAGGUAGUCAGCUUGGGUCCAGGAGGAUCUUGGGGCCCCGUCUACGAUGCCCUUGACCCCUUCAACAUCACCGUUGUCGGUGGCCGUUCGAACACCGUCGGUGUCGGCGGAUUCAUCCUUGGGGGCGGCUUUUCAAACCUUUCCCCUGCCCACGGCUUCGCAUCUGACAACGUCGUCAACUACGAAGUCGUCCUCGCAGACGGCCGUAUCGUGAACGCCAAUAAGACUUCCAACCCCGACCUCUUCCACGGUCUCAAGGGAGGGAGCACCAACCUCGGUAUCAUCACUCGUUACGAUGUCAACGCCUUCCCCCUUACCCCUAAGUGGGGUGGAAGCAGGGGUUACAACGUCUCCCAGGGCCCGGCCAUCUUCGAUGCUAUGAUCAAAUUCAUCAAGAAGCUCCCCCAGGAGCCUCUCGGCGGCGGAUCCGUCGUUUGGGGAUACAGCGAGGAUCUGAAGAACGACACCAUCUUUGGUUCAUUCGCCUACCUGGGUGCCGAUGCCACAGAGUCCAAGGCCCAGCUCUUCUCCGAGAUGCUCGACGUCCCGCCCACCUUCGACACCAUUCGCACCAACACCGACCAGCAAUGGCUCGACAGCGAGGUUGACGUUGCAUUCCCAGGCGGCCUGAGACGCAUUUUCUCGACUUUGACCCUCAAGGUGGACAGGGAAAUCGCUGAGGGCAUCUACCGGAAGAGCCACGACGCCUUCGCUGGCCUCGUAGGAAAGCCAGGCGUCUCGUGGACCGCUUCCUUCCAACCCAUUUCCAUCACCCAUCUCCAGGCUACUGAGCGGGCUGGCGGCACGCCACAGGGCUUGUCUCCCAAAGACGGUGACCUCAUCUUGCUCAACCUAAACACCGUCUGGGUCGAGGAAUCGGAUGACGCAGCGAUGCAAGCAGCUGUCCGCGAUGUCAUCAACUGGGGAACUAAAGAGGCCAAGAGGCGCAACGUGCUCCACCCUUGGCUCUACAUCAACUAUGCGCUGCCCGACCAGAAGGUCUACGAGUCGUACGGUAAAGCAAACGUCGAUGCGCUUCUCAAGAUCAAGAAUAAAUUCGACCCGAAGAACACCUUCGGAAAGCUCUGGAAGGGAGGGUUCAAACUAUAG